GCUGCUGUGCGCAUUGAGACGCUCCGACAGCACGGCGGUGGAGAGUCUCACUUCAGAAUGACACGAACCGAACCGAUGCACGAAAACCCUCCGGUUUAGACGAAAGGUGGGCUGGCAGGAUGGGGGAAGGGCCUGCAGUCAGGCCUUCGGCUGCUAUUACACCUGUGCAGCAGAUGCUGGCGUCUGGCUCUGGGGCUGUACUAACAUCUCUUUUUGUCACACCACUGGAUGUAGUGAAGAUCAGACUUCAAGCCCAGCAAGCUCCCCUCUAUAAAGGUACAGAUAUUAAACUCUUCAGUUUUCACAGACAGGUGAUGGCUGUUCCUGCCACAGUCAUCUAUUUCACCUGUUAUGACCAGCUGCGAGACUUCCUGCGUUACAGCAUGGGCUAUCAGGGGGACCAUAUCCCCCUGAUAGCAGGAGGGUUAGCAAGAUUGGGAGCGGUGUCUGUGAUCAGCCCUCUGGAGUUAGUUCGGACUAAAAUGCAAUCCCGCAAGCUACCGUACAGCGAGCUGAUGGUGUGUAUCCACUCGGCUGUGGCUCAGGACGGCUGGUUAUCUCUCUGGAGAGGCUGGGGACCCACUGUUCUACGGGACGUGCCCUUUUCCGCCCUGUACUGGUUUAACUAUGAGCUAGUGAAGGCACAGCUGUGUGAGUGGUACCGGGCACCACAGACUUCAUUCACCAUCAGUUUUACAGCAGGGGCCGUCUCAGGAGCAAUCGCUGCAAUUCUGACCCUGCCGUUUGAUGUGGUGAAAACACGCAAGCAAAUCCAGUUAGGAGAAAUGGAGGCUCUUGGAGUAGUCUCUGUGAAGAAACCGUCCUCCACAUGGAACAUGAUGAGGAAUAUCUGGAUCGACAUGGGAUACAGGGGUUUGUUUGCAGGUUUUCUUCCAAGAGUGAUCAAAGUUGCUCCCGCCUGUGCCGUCAUGAUCAGCACUUAUGAGUUCGGGAAGACUUUCUUUCAGGAGCGUAAUCUGAAUCAGGCGAGAUGUGGACUUUGAGAUGAGCGGGAGGACCAGAGGUUUGUCCAGGAUGAUGAGGAUGCUGAGAGAGACUCCUCCUUGCCAACUACUGCAAACACCGAUGACUUCAGCCAAGCUUUGAGUUAGUUCUCUGAAAAGAAACUCUAAUUGUUGGGUGAUGUGCCUACUGACUGGCACAAGGAAUAAAAGCUGUGAGACGUAAACCACUACUUUGCAUCUGAGAUGAAAGACUUGCGUUAUGAUGCAUCAAUAAAUGCACAGUUUCCCCACAAACCCUGUGAUGCCUUAAUGAACAGUACCAAAGCAUGCUGGCAGAAACACUACUUCCCCAUAAUGCCCCACUUAUUGAAAUGGCUGCUGGUUGAACGUGACAUCCAGGUUGUUGUAUCUGCAGUGCAUGACUUGAGUCCCUUUUAUUAAAGAUACAGUGCUGCCCUCUGCUGUUCAUGUUGAAGAAACCUCAGAUAAACUGCUCAAAACUGAGCUUUACUGUGUCUUCAUUUUCAGCAAAUAAUUAAAAAAUGAGUAUUGUUUUAUUUAAGUGUGUUCUUUUUUGCAAAUAAUUAAUUCACCUAAACUAUAAGACUUGUCCUUAUAUGGCCACUGAACUUGGGAAAAGCCAAGAACAUUUUUUUUUAAGUUUUGUGCAUUGAGAAUAUAAUGCCCCCUU